ACAUGCUUCGGAGCGUUCCGGUUGCCUGUUUCAAAACGUCAUCCUGGGUGAUCGUUUGUUCGCGAAAAUAAUUUCUGUAAAUACGGCUUACCAGUAAUCAAAGGUGGUGAUGAGAAGAAAGCAUUUGCAGUAAUGGCGUCGGCAUUGGAGCAGUUUGUAAAUAACGUGCGGAUGCUUUCGAAACAAGGUAAUUUCCGAGAGCUAUGUGAAAUAAUAAGUAAAAGUACAGAUGUAUUAAUGAUAAAUGGACAGCACUUAGAUAAUGUUUUGGAAACAUUAGAUCUGCAACAACAUUCUUUAGGUAUUUUGGCGGUAUUGUGUGUAAAAUUUUCACUGCCUAAUCCUAAUGGUGCAAAUAAUGCAGAUGCUUAUAAACCAUUGUUUAAUCAAGUUCAAGAAUUUAUCAUUGGUUGUAAUGGGGAGCAAGUUAGAUUUGCUCCUGAAACAUAUGCAGAAUUAUGUCAUUUAUUUACACAAAAAUUAGUUGAAUUGCAAAUACCUUUGCGCGGUAUUGAAUUAUUGUGUCGCGCAAUACGUAAAAUUCAACUGUUUGAUAGCCAACUAACUUCAAUACAUGCUCACCUUUGCCAACUAUGUCUUCUGUCUAAGUGUUUCAAACCUUCGCUUGAAUUUCUUGACAUAGAUGUUACUGGUAUCAGUGAAGAAGGAGGACAAUUUGAUUCAAAAUACUUUUUGCUUUAUUAUUAUUAUGGUGGUAUAAUAUAUACUGCACUGAAAAAUUAUGAUAGAGCAUUGUAUUUUUUUGAAGUGUGUGUAACAACACCUGCUAUGGCAGUUAGUUACAUUAUGUUAGAAGCCUAUAAAAAGUACAUUUUGGUCUCUUUAAUAAUGCAUGGCAAGGUUCUAAACUUACCUAGGUAUGCAAGUCAAGUGAUCAAUAGGUACAUGAAACCGUUAAGUCUACAAUAUCAGGAUCUAGCCACAGCUUAUCUGAUGAAUAGUUGCGAAGAAGUACAGAAGAUUAUCACCAGAUAUCAACAACAUUUUACGAGAGAUCACAAUAUGGGACUUGUGAAACAAGUGCUCAGCUAUUUAUACAAAAAAAAUAUACAAAGGUUGACCAAGACUUUUUUGACGCUUAGUUUAAGUGAUGUGGCAAGCAGAGUUCAACUAGCAGGACCUGCUGAUGCAGAAAAAUACAUAUUAAAUAUGAUUGAAGAUGGAGAGAUUUUUGCAACAAUCAAUCAAAAGGAUGGUAUGGUAGUAUUUCAUGAUGAUCCUGAGAAAUAUAAUUCACCACAAAUGUUGGCAAAGCUAGAAAAGGAGAUGGCAAUAUGUAUGGAGUUAGACAAGCGAGUACUUGAAAUGGAAGAAGAAGUUGUUCUUACACCACAAUAUAUUCGAAAAGCCUGUGGGCAAAAUGAUCAAGAUGAUCUGACAGCUGGACCUGCUCCAAUAAAUGUUACAAACGUGCAAGGUCAAUCUAAACAUAACGCCUAUUCCAUGUAACAUAUACA